AUGACUAACAUCUACGGGUCUAGAAAGGUCUCACUCUACGGCAAGGCCAACAUCGCCAACACGCUCAUCCUCUCCAAGCUGUGGCAUGUUAUCCGAGUUGUGUCGCUCCCUCAAGAGGUUUUGAAAAAGAUCAAGUCCACCAUUUACCAAUUUGUGAUGUCCGGUUUGUUCCCAUCGCUCAAGGCAGACUCAUUCUUUCUACCUCGUGAUCAAGGCGGGUUAGGCCUGAUCGACAUUGGAGCACAACAAAAGUCGUUACAGUUUCGAUACCUACGAGUCUUGCUACUCGGUAACCAUGGUCGCCUACCUGGCUUCACAUAUCAACUGCUCACUCACGCACUUCGUCUCACAAACGACGUCGCUCAUCAUGCCCUGCCUCUCUUGUUUCCAUCUGCUCGCUACAAGAAUACGCUGAAUGGUCUUUAUCCAUUUCUAUCGAUGUUCAAUGCCAUGGACAUCUGCAGCCUUCACAGAGACUGGGAUAGACACCCAACAAUCACUACCAUCAUGAGUCUCCCCCCCAAAAUCGCCGAUCCACAACUUAUCUACAACUCAAUUAUGCACUUCAAACUGAAGCAUUAUUAUAUCUACAAUUAUGACUUACACAUCACCAUAUAUGACCUCUUUGCCACCAUUAUGCGUACUAUCUGGAGACACCAUUACCAACAGUUUUACAACCUCAUCCCUUUUAAUGCCAUCCAAGUCUGUCGCCACAUCCGCACAGAACUGUUAAGAUUGUCAAAUCUUAGGCAACUCUCCCAUUAG